UAACGCUCUCCUGCCCGAGGACACCACUCACGUGUAGUCGAGGAGUGCGCUAACCACCGGUCGCUUAGCCUUCUACAUUUAUUUAUUAUUCGUCCGUUUUCUCUCGAAUUCAUCUUAUUACAAUGGCCACGACUUGACUAUCGUUCAGCUGAUAUUUUCGUUGGCUUAACACGAGGUGAUCAAGCAGCUGACGACGUAGCUACAUCUCGCUUCCAAGAACCGAGAUCUGACAGCGAUGGUCAGGUGGUGGUGGUGCUGUCUAUCUACAGUUACGUUGUCGGUCCUUCUCCUGUCGGGAAUUAUCAGGGUAAAGGCAGAACGAAGAAGCAGACGCCCCAAGGAGUUUCCGGAUGCAAACAAAAACCUUCCGAAUUUUACCUUGCGAUCCAGUGGGGCGAGACCCUUAUCGACGACCAAGAAUAUCUCACGGCUCUUGGACAACCUCCUGAAGGGAUACGACCAAAAGAUGAGGCCAUCCUUCGGAGGAGAGCCAACGACGGUGGAAAUCGACAUCGAAGUGCGAAGCAUGAGCCAGAUAUCGGAGAUGGACAUGACGUAUUCGAUGGACUGCUACUUCCGCCAGUCGUGGGUGGACGAGCGCCUGGCCUUCUCCGACCUGGACGAGGCUUUUACCCUGUCGGUGGCGAUGCUGGGCAAACUCUGGAAGCCCGACACCUACAUCUACAACGGCAAGCAGAGCUACGUUCAUCUCAUCACCACCCCCAACAAAUUCAUCAGGCUCUACCAGAAUGGGAGGAUACUCUAUUCGUCGAGGUUGACAAUCAACGCCAACUGCCCCAUGAAUCUACACCAUUUCCCGAUGGACACCCAACACUGCCCUCUGCAACUAGGAUCCUUUGCCUACACGACACGAGAGGUUGUUUAUAAGUGGAACGUCGAGAGACAGGUCGUGAUCGCGUCCGACCUGAUGCUGUCCCAGUUCGACCUGGUCGCCGUUCCGUCUGGGAUGGAGAAUAUCACCCGCAGAGCAGGCGAAUUCUCUACUCUACUGGCCAGCUUCUACCUGCAGCGUCACAUGGGCAACUUCCUAAUCCAGGUGUACGGGCCCUGCAUGCUGCUGGUGGUCCUGUCGUGGGUGUCCUUCUGGCUGAACAGAGAGGCCACCUCGGAUCGCAUAUCCUUAGGAAUCACAACAGUGUUGACCAUGACGUUUCUGGGCCUCGAAGCUCGAAAGGAUUUGCCCAAAGUGUCCUACUCGACGGCGCUCGAUCUCUUUGUCUGGCUCUCCUACGGCUUCAUAUUUGCUACCAUCAUUGAGUUCGCGUUCGUCCAUAUCUUCACGAAAGUUGGGUCAGGCGAAGUGUACUUGUCGGACUCGAGUUCCGAAGCGGAUUCUGAUGAAGAACAAGACGAAGAGGAGGAAGAUGAAGCGGAUGAAGACGUAGGAGGAGGAGGAGACGGGGAAGAAGAAGACGAGGAAGAUGAACCACAAACAGAACCCAUAGGCGCCUGCACGGUGGCUUCGCUGACAGCCCACCACUCCUGCCAUAACCAGGUUGGCCCCAACGGCGUCGGGAGCGACAGUCUACCCUCUCACAUGCCCCUGGGCAGCACUAUGCCCUGGACCUCAUCUUCACCUCAUCCUUCCAUACCCUCCUGGACUCCUCCGCCUCCUUGUGCAGUCCGCCACUGGGGCCACUUGCCCCCCUGCCCCUCCCCUCCCCAGCCCCCCACUUUCUUCAUCCGACUUGCGACCUUCUGCAGCAGAAGACGGAGGCGCUAUCGCAAUUCUUCCAGGAGGAAGCGACAGAGUCAGGAACCAAUAAACCAGAUCAAUCCGAGACCCAGGAGAAGGAGAGGGACUCCGGCAGCUUCCAACAGACGAUCGGGCAGACCUCAGCAAAUGAACUCCGUCUCCAACAUCGACGAAGUGUCCCGCGUUCUCUUUCCUCUGUCAUUUCUUUGCAUUAACUUAAUCUACUGGUAUAUUUAUCUCUCUCCUUCAUCUUGGCCUGAGGACCAUUUCUAAAUUUCCUUUUUUCACUCUCUCUCUCUCUCUCUCUCUCUCUCUCUCUCUCUCUCUCUCUCUCUUAUGUAAAUGUAUCUUUAAUUUUCUCUCUUGUUUACCAGCCAUGUGUAUGGUCGAUUACAGGUUCCUUCGGGUCUCUUGAUGCUAUUCAUGAUUUUAUUUACGCUUGGUCGAUGGCCCACUGCAAUCACAGACAUUAUAAUCUUUUCUUUUCGAUUUUUCACUCGCAUUAACAGAGUUGGCUGGAAGUUAUGUAUAUACCCUAAUUUGCCAACGCACAAGACAUUUAAAAAUGCAUUGAUGGACUUCAAUGAAAUUGUGGUGGGCAGUGGACUAUGGGAUAAGGUAGAUUAGCAUAGAUAUUGUGAGGGGGCCGUUGGUUAGUUCUUUUUUUAAUCGUAUGUUUGCGCUGCCAAGCAAAAAUUAGUUUUAUUUUCUUUGUUACAUAUUUCUUCAAAGAGAGUUAUUUUAUAAUAGUUUUUUAUCAAAAAGAAUCUAAUUUUUUUUCUUUCUUUUUUAUCAAGACGAAUCUCAGCGUUCGCUUCUUUCCGCUUUGAUCAUGAUUCUUUGUAGCUGAGAUUGGUAACGCGAAAGGCACUGUAUGUAUUUUUUUUUCCUUUUCCUCUCAUUUCUCACUCAUUUUGCUCUGCUUAUCUUGCUUUUACGUAUAGCAUGAUACUUUCUGUCAGCGUCAAACUGGGGCAAAAUUUAAGCGCUAUGCGUUUAGGCGCUUGAUUUUCCCUCAGAAAAUUCAGAGAUUUCAUUACCGAAUCCCCUGGGGGAGACGGGGCUUGGAGAUCCAUUAGAGACAAAAACUGAGUCGUGUUAUUAUUCUGUCAUCAAUUCUCUUUUGGUCUCUCUGUCUGUUUCUCUUUUGCUCCCAGAAAGUUUCUGUGUGUGUGUGUGUGUGUGUGUGUGUAAGUCCGAAAAGUUCUCGAAUCUUGACUGGUUGGUUCGUUACGAUUUAGCUGGCUUUGGGCCAGCACGGGCUCUUGCUCCUAGAGCAGCCUGUGAUGCAUCUUGACCUCUUUCCGAAUCUCGUCAGAGCCGAGGAGAUGGUGGUUAAAGCUUUGCAGAACUGUGGAGGGAGAAAAGCCUGAAACUGGCGAUCAUCGACCUCCGAUGGGUAGAUAUGGUGGUGGAUAUGAAUGAACGGAAACUCUCCCCGGAGGAAUGAACAGAAAAGAGAGAAAGCGGGCAUGGGGGUGGUUUGGGGGUCGGGGGUUGGGAUGGCGGCCAAUGAGCGGGAAAUGACACUCCUCUCGUAUCGAGGAACUUGGAGUAUUAUCGACUUUGUUCAAAAGUAACAAUAGGCGGUUAUCCGUUAAUGGUGAAGGUAACGUUUUGCUAUUAGUCAUUAUAUUUACUUACGCAUAUACAUACACACGUGCAUCACACACACACAACACACACACACACACACACACACACUAUGUAUUAUGUUCUUACAUCAGUAAUUCCUGUCGGAACAUCGGAAAAGAAAUAAUAGUGGAGUAGUAGUAGUAGUAAUAGUAGUAGAAAUGAUAAUUGUAAUGAAAAAUAUAUAUUUUCACAAAAAAACCAAAAAACUAUCGACUGUCCUAGCGUUGAAGAGAGAUUCAAAUUCGAUAAAAGUCAUAUUGAAAUAAGAGCGAGCAAUCAAAAUGUAAGAAAAAGUUGGAGAUCUGAGUUCUCGAAGAAAUGAGAAAACGUCCAGUUUUUAUUUAUUUAUUUAUUUAUUUUUACACUAUUUGUGUGGAUAUAUCGAGACUUACUUUCCCCUGUUUUCUCAUGUUUUACCCUCGCUUUUAUCGCAUUUUUUCUUUUCGCAUUUUCACACUUUUUCUUUCUUUUCUGAAAAUAUUUUUUUGACAUAGAACAAAACUGCUGGAAUAACCUACGAUAUAACAGCAGAGUCAUUGUGUCAAUAGAUCUAACCCCUAUGGUAUGUUAAGCAUAUACUAUGAGUCACUUGUUUUCAUUUUGCUGAAAGUUUCAACUCCCUAUUUCCGAUAAAGUGGAGUAAAAGUCACGUUCGUUUCCAUAAUGAUUUUCCUCUAAUAAAGAUGUCUGUCAAUUACAGUGGCUCAAGGCCAGGGUGCUAAGAUGUAUUUUGUCUACCAGAGAUUU